CCGCACAUUGAGGCUCGGUGUAUGUGGCGCGGCCCUGCCCCCAGCUGCACAUCCCACAGCAGCAGCGGGAUCCAGUGGCUGAGCCUCGUAUAGCUAUUCUGGACUGGGUGUGAAUAUGGGAGGAUCCUGUGGGGCUGCUGACUUGGGUAAAGUCUCCAAACAAAAUGGCUAUGAGAUAAGGAAAGUGCCCUGCGUAGGACUGGGGUCAGUGCUGUAGCAAUGGAUGGGCUUCUCUUGCACCCCUACCUUGUCGCCCAGCCCGGAUCUACUUGCUUGGACCUGGCCUUUUCUCAAAGGGAUCAGCAGGAGGACUUCAAGUCUCAGUGGAGCGUUUGAAAUCUUUAAUCUGUGCGGAAGGGAGUUGUGCCACAUAGGAAUAUACCUUUCCCGGAGGAGUCUCAGGAAUUGGCUACCACUUCCGGGAUUCUUGUCUUAGCGCAAAUGCCCAGAGUCUUUGCCUAAAUGGGUCCAAUCAUGCCUCCUAGUAAGAAGCCAGAGAGCACAGGAAUAAGUGUUUCUAGCCAGUGUUACAGGAGUAGCACUUUAUCCAACCCACUCCACGAUGAUGAUGACUUAGACUUUCCACCACCUGCUGUGAAAAUCAAUAAAGAGAAAGGGGGAAUGGAAGAUGAGGAACUAACAAAUUUGAACUGGUUGCACGAGAGCAAGAAUUUGCUUAAAAGUUUUGGGGACACUGUCUUACGAAGUGUCAGUCCAGUUCAGGACAUUGAUGAUGACACCCCUCCUUCACCUGCUCAGUCAGACAUGCCCUAUGACGCUAAGCAGAACCCAAACUGCAAACCCCCAUAUUCUUUCAGUUGUCUCAUAUUUAUGGCCAUCGAGGACUCUCCCACCAAGAGACUGCCAGUAAAGGAUAUUUACAACUGGAUCCUAGAACACUUUCCUUACUUUGCCAAUGCUCCAACGGGUUGGAAGAACUCUGUCAGGCAUAAUCUAUCCUUAAAUAAGUGUUUUAAGAAAGUGGAUAAAGACAGAAGUCAGAGCAUUGGAAAAGGUUCUCUAUGGUGCAUUGAUCCUGAAUAUAGACAAAACCUGAUACAAGCCUUGAAAAAGACCCCCUAUCACCCCUACUCACAUGUUUUCAACACCCCACCCACAUCUCCUCAGGCAUAUCAAAGCACAUCAGUCCCACCCCUCUGGCCAGGAAGCACCUUCUUUAAGAAGAAUGGAGCCUUGCUCCAAGAUCCCGACAUUGAUGCUGCUUCUGCCAUGAUGCUAUUGAAUUCUGCCCAUGAGUUACAAGCAGGUUUGCCUCCUGGUGUGAUACAAAAUGGAGCCAGAGUGUUGAACAGAGGAAUCUUCUCUGGUGUCCGACCUUUGCCAAUUAAUCCUAUUGGAGCAAUGGCUGCCUCAGUCAGAAAUGGCAUUGCAAAUUGCCGAACGCGGAUGGAGAGUGAGCCGUCGUGUGGAUCCCCCUUAGUUAGCAGUGACCCCAAAGAUGACCACAAUUACAGCAGCGCCAAAUCUGCUAACAAGAGGAGCUCAUCGCCCAGUGACUCCAUAUCGUCCUCCUCUGCCGAUGAUCACUAUGAAUUUGCAGCCAAAGUCUGCCGAGAAGGCAGUGAUAUCAGCUUCCAGAGCCAUGAGAGCUUCAGUGAGACAGAGGAAGAGGACAAGAAACAGAUAAAGAAGGAGUUGAAGGAUUCCCUGGUUGAAAGCGGCUACUCCUCCCAACACAAGAAAAAGCAGCAUUUACUAAAACUUCGGAGGAUCCCCAGUGAUGCCCUUCCUCUGAAAAAGAGACGCACAGAAAAACCACCUGAGAGUGAUGAUGAAGAGAUGAAAGAGGCCGCUGGGUCUCUCUUGCAUUUGGCAGGAAUCCGCUCUUGUUUGAAUAACAUCACCAAUCGGACGGCUAAGGGACAGAAAGAGCAAAAGGACAAAGAAACCACAAAAAAUUAGUGCAAAUCAUAUAUAUGUUUGGAUUUUAAAACCAUUUCUUUCAGCACGUCAGGUGAAUUCUAAUGAUUUUGUGGCAAUAUCAACAAUUUUUUCCCCUUUAUUUUUAUUUUGGUGUUUCUUUUGGACCCUUGAAAUGUUUAUUUUUUAAAGGAGAUUGAAGCCAUAGAACUCAGCUAACAUUUUCCGACGAAAAAAAAAAAAAAAACCUAAAAAAUUUCAAAAGCCAAAAUCACCUUCACUCUCAACUGCUCUCCAGGAAGGAAUACAUGGUUUAUCUUGUCUCAGUGACAACAACCUGUGUAAGAAGGGAAUUGGCACGUUCUAGGAUGGGGGGGGGGCAUACCUCAGAUAUUUCCUGGCUGUCAUAUCCUGUGUAACAUUGUGCACACCACAGAUAGCAGUCGGCCACCAUCACUUACAUAAAAACAAAUGAAGCCCUGUGCCAUAUGUGUGCUGAAUAAGCCCAGAAAAUGAUCACUUUUGCCACUGUAUGAUACAUAUUUUUGUGUAGAACUGAAAAUCUUGCCAGUCGGUGUUGAUAAAACUAGUGAACUUUGCCUUUUACUCCCCCUUUCUUUGCUGGUGAAGGUUGGCAGAAUGGUAUGUAAACCACACAUGCAGAGAAAAGGUUUUCAGUAAUUGGGCAGGGGGAAACCAUACACUUAAAUAUUGGCACUGUGCUAGAAUCAAAUCCAAGAAUAAAUCACUUAUUGGGUCCUUUUGAAAAUGGAAAUCUUUAAAAAUGCUACAGAAACUGCCAGAAGUAUUAUGCUGUCAAGGGGCAUACUAAUGUACACUAACAACCACUGCCCUCCGAUAUGGAGCUUGUGUUACCAUCGCAACUGCAAUUACUCUGGAUGGAAAUUCAAACUACGAUUUCAGACGCAACCAUUAGCCAGCAGCAAACCCAAAAUUCUUAUCCACAGGUGCAUGGAUUCCUAUUAAAAAAUUGCAGCUUUUUUCAAAUUGACAACAAAAGUUAAUGUAAGGUAAAUAAUGUAUUUAGCAUGAAGCAUGAAUUAUUUUCAUAUAAAUAGAAAAAAAAAUAGAGGAAAAAGGCAAUGCCUCUAAUUUGUAGGCCAUGGGCCUGGACUUUCUUUUUUUUUUUUUUCCUUUUUCUUUUUUUUUUUUGAAGCAGGUUUUUUAAGGUCUAACCUUCUUCAGGGACAAACAGUUGACUGUUGGGGAACUCACUCUCUCUGCAAUAUAUUGAUACAUACAAAUGUCAUUCUCUGGUAGGGCUUGGAUGGUUGAACUAAACUGCCUUGUCUGCACAUUCAGCCCUCCCCCUACUGUAUUUCUCUGUUUAUAUAAACAAAAACGUAUGUCUUUCUCCUUUAUGUGUAUUUGUUAAACAAGAUGCAAUAAUGUAAACAAUUGGAGUAGUGAGUGUGAAUGAGCGAAUACGGGGACAUUUUAUUGGACAGGCCAUGCACAUUGAGCCUUGAACAAUAACAGAAACACACAAAGGUGCUCUUGGGUACAGUGCACUGGGUAAAACACUGCGCUUCACAAAGCUGUUGGGAGCUUGAGAGCUAUAGAAGUCUACCAACCAAUAACUGAUUAUUGUUAUUCAAUGCAAAUAUUUAGCAUUUUAUAGAUCCUACCUGUUACAAUACGCAUCACCAACACCAUUAUCCAAAAAACAAUUCUACAUGCUUUUAUAAGGGAAAUUCAUAAUAUAAAAUAGAUUGUAGCAGCCAAAUCUAUUUGUAGAGUUUUGUGUUUUUAUUUUAAUUUUCCAGUAUAUUCCAUCUCUGCGCAACCUUAAUAUUACAGAGCCUUUUAACUAAAAUCCUAUAGGCCCUCAAAAGUAAUUUUACAGCUCCCAGCCAAUGAGGUCAUGGGCUUCUUUCUAGUACAGCAUCCUUUAACGAGACCAUACACGUUACAAUUAUGAUCUUGACUGCGACCAUUCAUCGUUUGUACCCUCCACUGACGUUCAGGGCUGAAUAGGCAGAUAUGGAGGUAGAAACAAUAGGGAUUCUACCCCUAUCUAACGAUACAGCCCUAAAUGCAGGUUUUGCUUGGGCGCUUCAACGGCACCCGAUCAAAACCUUUUGUCCCACCAGAUCGACGAGACGACCGAUAUCCAAAGCUUUCGCGAUAUCGGUUGUCUUGUCAAUCCACCAAACACACCAAAUAUCGUAUGAUAUGGCCAGCUUUAACAUGUUGGCCUGCAGGCUUGGGUCUUUAACAUUAAAAUGUAGCUAACUGAUUUUAAGUUGGGAGAGCACUUCGCCCACAAUUUAUACACCCUGUAUUGUGUAUUUCUGCCUUUGUUACAUUUUAUCUUACACAGACACUAAAACUAGCUAUACAUGCCAGCCAGCCAUUCUAUACUGCAUCAGCAGCUUACUGGGCUAUGUAUGGGGCCAAAAACAACUGUUGACCAUGAGAGCUGAACGUUUGAAUCAGGCAACCUACAAAACAUGGAUGUUGCUCAUACAUUUAACAUGAUUCCUGUCAGUGUUAAACUAUUAAUUAUAGUGAUUAUAACAUACAAGAACUCACCCUUCAGCUUAUAACCACACUCUGGUACAACCUUCAGCUCAAUAACUAGCACUAGUUCAACAACUAGUUAUAAUUUACCAUAUUUCUGUUCAUAAAUAACAUGCAUUAGGCUUAAUCACUGCCAAUAGAAAGUUUUUUGCUGAAAGUCAUCUUGGGUAUUGCUAAAGCCCUCGGUCUCUUAAGCAAAGGACAACACAGCCAAUUUUGUGACAAUAGAAGCAUGCAUGUAGCAUACAACGCAGAAUGUUUACAUAUUUGUUUACAUCCAGAUAUCACUGCCUGCUAUAAAAUUGGUGCUUGUUCACACAAUAAGCAUAGAGUUAGGGUUGCCAACAACAACCAACUAAACAAGGCACACCAAUAAAAAUCUGUCUAAACACAGAAUGCAUGGGUUUUAGUAAAGCCUUUUAGACUUGGUUUUUAAAGAAACCUUUUAGUAAUGGUGUUUGUUAUAAAUAAACCUCACAGCUAAAUUCAGUCUGUAUAAUUGAUCUCAAGGGCAACCAGGCGUUGCAUCUUUUACUGAAGCGGAGUGUGGCAUCUUCUUAGAUUUCAUAAGGGGAGGAGGACAACAUUUUGUUUGGGGAGGCUACGAGUAGCAUGCUUCAACUGGAAAGUGUAGAAUCAUGCAAUAAUAUUUGCUCCCUUAGCUUGCUUUAUUCUGUUAAUUUUUGCAACAGUAAAAGUGGAAUUACAGAUGCACUAGAAUACAUGAAUGCAAUUCCUAGCCCAGCCAGCAUUACAAUGGUGUAGUUGUUUGUACUAGAUUUGCUUCCAAAACAGGUCUGCAGGGAGCUAAAUAGAUUGCCAUUAAAGUACAAAAUACAACUGCCACCCAACCUAAAACUGCCAGUGCUAAUGUCAUUUUCCAAUCCAGACUUGUAGAGCACAAUUAUUAUACUGUUCAUGACUAUAAAAUUCUUCUCUUGCUAAAUAAAUAAUCCCUUUGUCAGUCCGGUCUGCCAUGUUGGCUCUCUCCUACCAAAGAGUCUUUCACUGACCAGUUCAUGUUUUUAUCUUAAAACACAAAAAUGGCUCACUGCCGUAACUUUUAUGUCAAUUUUCUUUUUUUAACAGUUCUUUAAUUGCACAUGCUCACGAUUUUAUAAAUACAGGAUUGUAACAUGCACUUUCCAUGGUCAGGCUCCCUACUGUGCCCUCGCUGUAUGUUCGGUCAGGUUAGGAUUGGUAGAUCCUGUAUUUGAGAGGGAAAUUUGUUUUCUAAUCGGCUGCACUCACUACUUCAAAUUGUCCUGCUAUAAAAUGUUGAGGAGAAAAUAAUGUGUGUAUGUGUGUAUGAAAAAGAAUACAUUUUUCACUUGUAGAUCUUUUUAUUUUAAGGAUUCUGUAACAUUUCUAAAAUAUUUUAUUUUGGUGAAAAAAAAGUUAUAAAGCAAUCAAAAGGGCCGCGCUCUGUUGCACUGUGGAAGCCUGGUUUGCAGUGUAAGGCUUCAUGCACACUACAGACUUUGCUCAAAUUCUAGUUGCGUACAAAGGGAAGGACAAAUGUGCACUCUGAGAAUCUGAUGAGUUCAUACAAACUAUUAAAGAUUGCAGCUUAGGCCUAGCCAUCAGUCUCUCAUCACAAAAUGCCAAUGAAGCCAUCAGAUUCUCAUAGGAAACUACUGUUCCCCAUUCAGUACCCUUGGAGGAUCCAGCUGUAGGGUUGGAGCUAGAAUUGACUAAAAUUUGGUCUGUGUACAUUAGGCCCAACUGGUAACAAUCCUACAAUCCUGCCUUGCUGGGGGGGAGACUGUAGCACAGCAACACACCAGCAAUUUGAGGAUAGUGGCAACAUGGUCCAAAAAAAAAAAAAAAAAAAAAAAUCAAACCAUAAAUGGCCAAGAUGAGAAAUAAGUACAACAGAGAAGAUACUGCCAUUCUUUAUAGUGUACUUAUCAUGUGCAACUGCCAAUGUUCUGAAUCUAAAGAACUGUCAUCAGUGGAGGAGUUCUGUUUACCAAGUGAGCAGGCAGAAAGUGAGAGCAAUCAGCCGCUUGUUAGCAGAUACGGAAAAUGAUGAUUUUAAAACACACUUUGCAUUUCACAUUUUCUUGAUGUGUAAUCAUAUUGCCAAAGAAAAACUAUUUCAUCGAUUAUUGUAAAUAACACUUUCCCAAAAUCUACCAUAACGUUUCUGUGAUGUAUUGUCUUCCAGUUGCAAUAAAAUUUACUGAGUUGCAUCAAUUGA